AUGUGUUUGCCUCCAACAGGAAUCGCCAGAAGCCACGGGGACCAACGCCAGGCUUCUAGGAGGUGGCUCCGGGAAGGCGGCCAAGAAUGUGAAUGCAGAGAUUGGUUCCUGAGAACCCCAAAGAGAAAAUCCACACCAGUGCUGGAGCCACAAAGGAAGCAGUGUCCCUGUGAUCAUGUCAAGGGCAGUGAGAAAAAAAACAGACACCAAAAGCACCACAGGAAGCCAAACAAGCCCUCCAGAACCUGCCAACAAUUUCUCAAACGAUGUCAACUAGCAAGUGUUGCUCUGCCCUUCUAGUUCCGAA